UGAUUGAAAGGGAAACUCCUGGCGCUCUCGUCGCGACAUCAAAUAGGACUAGGGGAAGCUGCAAUAGAUACUAGCAUACAGAAACGAAGAUUGCAGCUCGGCUAUCAAUAAACGGCGAGUGACGUCUCUCAUGUUGUUCGUCUCUCAUGCUGCUUUGCAAGCAAAAACCGGACCUAUCAAAUGGAGGAGCAGCAUCAAAAAGAUUAGCUAGGCACCACAUCACCUCUGAUUGUAGUUUUCGGUAAAUUUCAAAAGAACAAUCUCUAGAAGUGUGACCACCUUCCACGCAUUGCUGUUUUGCGUGGUAUUUGCAAACUUCUCAAGGAACCGUCGAUACUAACACUGUGGAGAAAAUAGAAGUUGACUAGACACGGCGAAUGUAGUUUGCUUCUUUCAGCAAAGCGAGAUGUGAAGAUUUUUGGUGGUCAAGAAAGUUGAUUUAGGCAAGUAGUCCAAGCAAGUAGAUUUUAUGAAAUUUGAGUAGAACAUCAACAUGAACAACGAACAAAAACAAAGCUAAGGACAAGGCUGUCUUUUUUAUAUAAAUUUUUCUUCUAGAGGUCGUAAAUAGAAGUUUUCCUUAUAAUUGAAGUUUUCUUCAAGUAGCAAAUCAAGUACUUGAAAAUGCCGCAUUAUCCGGACGAGAUUGAGUACUCAGAGAAGUACAUGGAUGACACGUACGAGUACAGACAUGUCAUCCUACCCAAGCACGUCGCAAAGAAGAUGUAUGCGAAUUUCGGGUACUACUUUUUAAGACGACCGCCCACGACCGAAGCAUGAUUAUGAUUAUCCAUCUAAGUAUCAUUUCUAUGAUAUAUUGAUUUUGAUGAGUGGCGAGGAGCUCAACAACCUUGCAGCUCAGGUUAUCCACGACUAGCCUGAUAAAAUGGUGAUUUUGGUCAUGAUGCAUCCGAUACGACGGCAAUUCGUGCUGAUAUCGAAAUAACUCUACUUGAUACACGGAUUCUUCUUAGAAGAUCAGAUCUGCAUCUCAAGAUGAUGAUGAUGAUGAUGAUGAUGAUGAUUGGUCACAACUUUACACCAUAACACAGUUACGGCAACAAGCAGACAAGAACACUUUUGACAGAGGAUCAGUGGCGAGGUUUGGGCGUGCAGCAGAGUCGAGGUUGGUGUCACUAUGAAACGCAUCGGCCAGAACCGCAUAUCUUGCUUUUUCGCCGACCUCUAGGAACGAAUCCACUAACAGGAAUGGUUGAGUCAAACCCCCAACAGGCAGUCGCGUGAACGAUUUCCGCUCGUGUUUGAAGGUACUGAUUGCAAUUUCAAUUUGAACUAUUUUUUUUACUUCAAGGAAGAGUAUAGUUCUAGUGUGAAACUGUUGCAGUAGAUGAUUUUUAGGUAGAGGUGUAUUGCAACUUAUGAAGUCGAUACUGCUGAAACGUGAGUAAAUGAAUCAAAGAAGUCACAAAAAUGUGAAAAAUCAAAAACCCAGCUGUAGAGCUGGACAAACUCGAGCCUUAUCUCGUUCCGGGUGUCUGGUUUUGCUUUUGUGUCGCCUGCAGUAAGAGACGAGCGAGAUUGACACGGUGAUCACUCUGGAAUUAAACAGAAACCACAUCAGCAUUCAUCUACUUGUUGGUCACACAUCCUGCUGAUCACUAGGACCUCACCAUGUGCAAGUAGGGGUCCCAACCUACUGGAAUUCGAUGACAGUAUCCUUCCCCCAACAUUCCGACACAAUGAAAUAGUGAAGAUCUUCAUAAAAGAAAAA